CUUCCUAUAAAACAAGUUUCACAUUAAGCUGAGCUGUAUGGAUGCAACAACAAACCAACCACUAGUUAGAGAAGCUGCUCUUAAAAUAUUUCGAGGCUCUACAACGUCCCGAUGUGCAGAUAUUGUUGUCAAGAGAAGGACUCCAACAAUUUCAAAGACAGCAGGAGUCAAAACAGCGUCCGAAACUUUCUACAAAUACAAUUUGUACGACAGCGAUGACGUGAUGAUAAGUUGCGGAACGACGACUCCGGAAAAACAAACAACAAAAGCAAAGAAGGAAACAGUAAAACCCGCUAAAGACAAGGACAACCCAGUAGUAAGAUGUCAGCAUCGCCACCAUCGGGACGCGAGCCAUAAGACGAGCUAUCAGAAGGAGAAAAGGCGGAAGUCACGCACAGAGAGGAAUAAGACUAGAGCUGGUCAGAAACAGCAACAGGUUGAUCCACAUGAACGGACAGAAUUUAGGAAGCAUAUCAAGCGCGCUAAGGAAAUUUCACUGCAUUCUCAAAUUGACAAUGGGGUGCAGCAAACUCAACAGACUUCCAUCAUAACUCAGGGCAGACUCACGAGGCCGAUUGGAAUUUACAACAAGGGCAAGAAAUCAGACAAAGUCUACCGAGCUCCACUUUUUGUCUCUGAUCGUGUCAAAGAAGCGGUCGAGAAUGACCUGAAGAAGAUCUUGAGCACUUCUGAUCGGACUCUACACAAUGCACCAAGCUUUGACGACUCUCUGGUUGGAAGCACUGGCCCAAUCACACCAGUGGUCAGUACGGAGAUUAGAGCAAGUCAGUUACCGUCUGUUGGAUCAUUGCCGAGAUCACACAGUAAGGCGGAUGGUUGUCGACAAAAGGCAAGCACGAAUGAGGAGUUUCCAAAGGAUCUACCUCUGAAGGAGAUCAGCCAUGACCUGAUGGAUUGUCUUCGUUCAGACAUAAAGAUGGCUUUUCCAGGGCGAGGUUAUUUCAAAGAACUGCAGGAGGACUUAUUGAAAAUGCUAAAGAGAAACAGUAUUUGUCACUCUGUCAGCUCGGGAGGAGACACUAGUUCCACCCUAUCUAGAGUAGAUGCGAUUCUAACUGCAAAGGAAGAAGAGAAAAAUCAACCAGCUUCAUCAGAUUCCUUGACUCAUCCCCACGAAGCGCCAUCGACCUACAUCCCAGGCCACUCUGCUGAAGCUGAACCUGUCCAUGGGGCCGCAGUGUACUCCUUGUCCCAGGAGAGCACAGGAUUGGACCUGAGGCAAUACCAGCCUUACAAGAAUAUACACAUGGUGCCAACUACUACACACGCAGCCUAUACAGCAGAUUGUCACAAGAGGGCAGUAGACAGCAUCACCGAUACCCUGCCAUUCCUUAGGAAGGCUGAGGAGAGUGGGCAAACUAGGGAGUCAAUGACAUCAAGGGAUCAACUAGUAGAGUCCGGUAAUGUUUGGCAGGCCUUAAAAAGCAACAGGCCAUCCGAGUCGACCUACACGUGGGGCGUCACCAAGGACGGGACGGUUGGGGCUAUCGAAAAAAUACCCACCGUGUUGAGAGAUAUGCAAGAGAUCAGUCAGCAAGAUUGGCGGGCUCGUUCUUACGAAAGACUGACCGAGUCUACUAGCGGUUGGCACCAUGCUUUGAGAGAAGCAGGGAUGAGAGAGAGACUAGCUGAGCAAUCCAACAGAUGUCCUGAUUGGCACACUGAGCAACCUAACCGGCAUCCUGAUUGGAGGGCUGGUUACCAUGACAUCUAUCAACAACAGGAUCCUAGGGAUAUCUUGGAUGUUGUCAACAGCUCCCAUCAGCAACACCCGCCUCACUAUCGACAAGACCACUCCUACUUCCUUGAAGCCCACUCUCAGGAGCAAACCAACAGAGUUGCCUACAUCCCAUACCAUGCAGAGAUACCCACCAGACACCAUCUUCAGGACGAGCAAUUGUGGCUUCUUGAAGAGCAGAAAGUUGCAAGGGGUGAUUGCUACGAUGACUGUUUUGAUCUUCACAAUUUCCAGACGUCAGAGAGUGAUUGCUAUUCUCGGAAAGGUAGAGAUUGUGAUCCUGCGUAUUCCAUUCGACAUAAGUCCUACGUGUCACCGCUGCAGAAGCCGAGAUUGGAGUCCCCAAGCCCACCUAAGCACUACCCACAACGAAUGUACUGAACAUAAAAAACCAUGUUCCUUGGGGGCUUGUGAAACCUGGAAAUUCUUACAGGCGACAGGAAGGCAACCAACUAGCUAGGCCUGUAUGCUUUGUUUUUGGAAAGGGCAAGGGCACCAAGGCAUUUUCUCCAUGGUAAAGAGCACC